AUGGACAGAAACAGAGAAGGAAGACGAGUUAAUAUGGCGGCAUCGAAUGGUUUGUCGAGAAGAAGACACAGAACUAGCAGCCUCAGAGAUUCACCAGAGGAGGAUGGCCCGGUGGAAUUGCUGGAAACUGCGAGGUUACGAGAUCGAGGCGGCGUUAAGAAAGAUCGAGAUCGUGAACGGGAUAGAGAACGUGACCGCGAGCGAGAGCAUGACCGAGACCGUGACAGAGAUAGGUUGAACAGGAGCAAGAGAAGGAGAGCUGAGAGGCUGAUGCACGGGAACAACAGGGAAAACGGCGAUGAUGAGAGCACCGAGGAAAGUGUGGAUGAAGAAGAGGAAGAAGACGAUGACGAUGGUGGUGGUGGUGGAGGAGCGACGGAAAGAGUUGGAACAUCCAUGAGACCGCUUCCGCCAAAUCCUUCUUCUUUAUCUUCUCUAUCGAUGGCAAAUCAUCUUCAUCGAAAGAGCUUUCCGCCACCGUCCAAAAUUUUCAAGACUGCGACGACCUCACCGUGGAGACCCACCGAUGAGAUGAUUGGAGUGACGGUGCCUAGAAAAGCUCGGUCAGUCUGCACUAAGAGGUCUCACGAUUGGGUCUCAAGUUGCGGAGUCGGUGGAGACCAAAUUCACCGGCAGGCAUCGACAUCUCCGGCAAGAUCCAAUGGACCAAAUGUCCCGGCCAUGCUUUCAUCUACAGCCCCGGUCUCACCAUCUUCUUCUAACGCUUCUCUGAAAAAGAAGAUGAAGCCUAAUGGAUCUAAGCAACAACGGCCACCGAAGUCGAGUUCCAAGUCCUCGUCAGCUCAGGACGAGAUUGAGAUCGAGAUUGCAGAAGUGUUGUACGGAAUGAGGCAGCCACAGGUACCCUCAAAACAAGAAGCCAUCGGAAAUGAUUCUGUCAAGUUCGAUACCAGAGAAGUUAGUAAUAAGUCUUCCGGGGAUGCCAAAUCAAGGGUAUCCUCUCCCAUCUCCAACUCUCCACCCACUGCACUGCAGUCAUCUCUAAUUCUGCAUAGAAAUCCUAGCUCAGCACCGCCUCACAUGUCCGCAGUCGCACCAAAGAGGAAACGUCCUCGACCGGUGAACUAUGAGGAUGAGAAUCCAUCGGCUUUCACAGUUAGAAGUGGUGGUCCGAUUACGACUGCAACCAAGGUUGAGAUUGAGCCGUUCGAACAGCCAGCAAAGGCCGAAACUUUCUCUCAAAAUUUAGAAAAGGGCUUUGGUUCUUCUGCUGAGAAUGGCGGAAUUUCGUAUGAUUUGAUGGCUGGUCGGGGAGCAUCGGCUCAGGCAGAGCUGCAAUCGGAGGCGUCGGGGAAAUCAGAUGCUAACUUGAUAUCCGAUUCUAAGCCUUCAACUGGAGAAUCGGAGAUUAGAGAUCUGGGUGAGACCAAAAAGGAGCCUGAGUCCCUAACGAAGGAAUCUCCUUCUACGUUAGGGUUAGAUGUUGAUCGUGAAAAUCUGAAAGCGACAAAAGCGAAUUCGACAGUUUCUCAGACUGAGAGCCAGCGGGAGAAGUUCCAGAUAGAUCUGAUGGCUCCUCCUCCACUUAGAUCAUCCCCGGAAAGGGACGGUGAGAUUGAUUUGGUGGAUGCUAAAGCUAUGGUCACGGAUGUAGAAACGGAACCGAAAGCAAAUGGAAAGGAAGAUGUUAGGACAUUGAAAAGUAGUAACGGAGAUGUGAAUGCAGAAGUUGAGGAGAACAAGGCGAAAGUGAAAGUGGCGGCAGAGGUUGAAUCUCAGAAGCGGGUCGUUAGCAAAGAAAGAAAUAUUGAUCUCCAGCUAGAUUUGGAAAGGUGUGAGAGAGAGAGCCGCGCCGCUAGCGUGAGUGGUAGCAAACCUCACCAGAAUGGCCAAAAGCAACAGCAAUUACACAGCGCAGAAAAAAAUGCUCAAUCAAAUUCUUUACCUCUGCCAAUGUCUAUGGCUAGCUGGCCUGGUGGGCUUCCUCCCAUGGGAUGCAUGCCACCUCUACAAGGCGUUGUAUCCGUGGAUGGGAGCUCUGUGUCGUCUGCAGCAAUGCAGCCUCCACAUUUGGUUUUUAGUCAUCCCCGGCCAAAGAGGUGUGCUACCCAUUGUUACAUUGCUCUGAAUAUACAUUACCACCAGCAGUUUUCAAGGAUGAACCCAUUCUGGCCUGCUGCCGCUGGAUCUGCUUUAUCGUAUGGGGCUAAGCCCUGCAAUGUUGGUGUUAUGCCCUCUACAGAAUUGCUUGGAAAUAUUCCUGGUAGGGGAGCUGCACAAGAUAAGGGGCAGGGGCUGGCAAUAUUUCCCGGUAAUACUGGGAAAGACAAAGGCUCCUCCCCAGCUGUCAACAUGGUGGAUGGUGCCCAGAGAAAGCAAAUUUUACUUCAGCAAGCAUUACCCGCCGGAGCACCAAGUAGUAAUCUCUUGCAUGGCCCUGCUUUUAUAUUCCCUUUAAACCAGCAACAGGCAGCGGCUGCUGCUUCUGUCCGACCUGGUUCUGUAAAGUCUUCUCCUGCUGCUACUGGCCAUGGAGCUUCAUCUAGUACGUCUAGUACUGCAACAGCGGCUGCUGCCUCAGCAAUGAGCUUCAGCUACCCAACUAUUCCUGGCAAUGAAACCCAAUACUUGGCAUUUUUGCAAAACGGUGCCUAUCCAAUUCCGAUUCCUGCACAUGUUGGAGCACCUCCAGCUUACAGAGGAGCCCAUGCUCAGGCAAUGCCUUUCUUUAACGGGUCAUUCUAUUCUUCUCAAAUGCUUCAUCAGUCUUCACAACUUCAGCAGCAGCAAAUCCCAGCCACUCAGUCACAUCUGGGUCAACAACAACAUGGUCACCAAAAUCCAAGCAUUUCCAGUGGUUCGUCAUCAUCCCAGAAGCAUUUGCAAAAUCAUCAGCAGAUGCCUCCCAGCAGUGGCGUCAGUGGUGGCAAUGGAAAUUUGUUAGGCUUUGCUGGUCAAAAGAACCAGACCUCUCAGUCUUUACAGCUUCAGCAGAGGCACCAACCACAGAAUCAAAUUGUUUCUCAUCAAGUUCGCCAACUUGAGAGUGAGGCAGGUAGUGAAGAUAGCCCUUCAACUGGAGACAGUAGGGUUUCUCGCGCGAAUAUGAAUAUUUAUGGACAAAGCUUUACAAUGCCAUUCCCACCCCCAAAUUUUGCUUUGAUGACUCCUGCAGCUGUGAGUACUGCCACUGAUGCAAAUGGCAACCACGUUGAGAAGAAACAGCAACACCAACAGCUGGGCUCGAAGGCUGGGGUUGAAUCUCUUCCAUCUCCAGCUUUUGCGAUGUCAUUUGCAUCAAUGAAUGGUGCUGCAACUGCAUCAAGCCUUGAUAUUUCAUCAUUGGCUCAGAAUCAUGCGCUUCGCCAGAGCCUCCCUGAGUCUACAAGGCAUGGCUAUCAUGUUACGACCGCUGCUCAAGCACCCUACCAUAAGAAGAAUUAUCAUGCGUCUGAAGAAGGAAAGACUGGUGGUGGUGGUGCCUUGAACGUGGAUGAAGAAAGAAAAGCCAUGGCUGGAAAGGUUCCUGCGACAGUUGGGCAGUCUAUUGCUUUCUUUAGGUCGGAUGCAACAGGUAAUUCGGUCUCAACAAUACCGGGAAGUGAUAAUUCUGCACGAGCAAUUAACCUUGGUUCAGCUUCUGGACUUGCUUCAAAUUCUACAACAGCAACUGCUGUCAACACUGUUGAUUCUUCCAGUGCUCAACAACAGUUACAUUAUCAAAGGUUUCAGCAUCAGCAAUUGAUGAUGGUUCACAGGAUCCAGCAGCAACCACAAGCAGCUGCUGUUGCAGGUCGAAGCAAAACAUCAGCAACAAGUAAUGGAAGCAUUUACCCUGACCAAGUCACUUCAUCCUCUAUCACUGGCAAGUUUCCUAAUAUGUCUGCAUUUCCGCAAAGUCUUGUCCAGAGCAGCAGUAGUCCUGGGCAGUCUCCACAGUGGAAAAAUUCUGUGAGGGCGGCAUCCCAAGUUCCUUCUCCAACUAUGGCUUCAUCAACUUCUCCCUCCCUUAAAACUCUACCCCAACAGCAAGGCAGAUCGCAGCAAUGCCAAACACAUAUAUCAUUUGCAUCUAACCCAAAAACGUCGAUGGCAGGACAGGUGCAUAUACCGUCUGUUAGCAGCCAAUCUCCAUCUCCGCCGAUGGUGGUUGGCUCGCCCACAACAUCCAUUUCCAAGAGUGCUGGUGGAAGCCCCAGGACAACCGCUUCAACCUCCACAGGCAACAAAGGUGGACAAGCUUCUGCCUUAUCAUCUCAGCCAGCCAAGAGCUCACCAUCAUUGCCUGCCCGUAAAUCAUCCCCUGUGAGUGGGAGGAGUGUUCCAUCCAUUCUUGGCAAUCCCCACAUUUCAUCUUCAAGCACGGGAACCAAGUCUCAACUGCCACAGCAGCAGCAACAGCAACAGCAGCAGUUGCAAAAGCAUGCAGUGCAGCAAGCCCAAAUGUUGUUCUCUAAUGCUUAUAUGCAAGUUCAAGGUCAGCAUGCAGCAAGUACAACAAAUGCCACAUCAGCUUCAAGUGGGUACUAUCUCCAAAGACACCGCAAUGAGCAACAACAGCAGUUGCAAAGCAGCUCUUCAGCAACGUCCUCCUCUGGGAUGUUGUCGUUGUGCCCUCCUGUCACAUCUAACACCAGCACUUCUGAUCCCACAAAGGCAAUUGCUACUGCUGCUAGCAACAUGAAAGGUGGCAUUCUAACUUCCCAGGGUCUUAUGCAUGCUCCAUUUGUGGCAACACAGUCUUCUGCUAAGCCCCAUCAACUUGUCCCUACCGGCUUCUCAUAUGUACAUCCUGUUUCCCCCCCAGUUCAGGUGAAACCGACAGAGCAGAAACAACCAGCCGGUGAGUAGAGUAGUGCCCCUCCGUGGGCUACAUGCCAAGCAUGCAUCCUGAGGAAGGAUAAGCACCAAAGCAGGCACACCAUUAGCACCCACAAUUUUGGGAAUGGGAAGGAAGCAGGAGUAGUUGGGAGUAUUUUUUCUUAGCUGUGGAAAUGGGGUUGGCAAUGUGUAUUCAUCAAUGUACUCUGUGUUUAUAAUCUGAGAGGGUUAGAUGGUGGAGGUUCUAACUUAAAUUCAAUUGGUUUUAUGGCAAGGAUGGGCACUGGGUAGUGCUGGGAAAGUGGCUGAAUAGGAGGGUGAAGGUGAGAUAACAACCUUCCCUUUUGGUUCUGCAAUGAGGUUUUUUUUUUCUUCUUCCAUAUUUGUUGUUCUCUUCCUUGUUAAGAUUAGAUCCUAGAAUCGGCAGUGAAAUCUUUCUUCAAUAUAUAACAUGAAUUGGAGGGUGUAAAUGUAUAUGUCUGGCAUAUAUAUAUAUAAUAGCAACCCUCCUAAUUUUUCUAUUU